AGGCGGGACAAGAAGGUGCACAACAUCAGCAUCUACCCGAGCUACCACACGGGCUUCGAGACGUUCGAGAUGGUUCGAGACCACAACGACCCAGGCUUCAUAUUCGGCCAGGGGUGCGGCCGCGUGGCGUCUCUCCUCAUUAAGGCCCUCGCGGACUCGCCGCUCCUGCCCUUUGGGAUCCACAGGUUCCCUGAGGCCAUGAAAGAGGCGCUCAAGAGCUUCAAUGACAGCGGAGUCGAAAAGAAAAUAAUGGAUUUUUAUGAAGAUUAUGUAUACCUGUAUGAAGCUGUAGAUAAUUUGACGUUGGCCACGGAGAAGUUCAACGCUGACAACCUCAACAAGACCUGGGAGCCGUACAGCCUGCGGCUCGCCAACGACCAAAUGAUGACGUUCGAGCAGAGCUUCCUGAUCCCUGAGGGCCUACCGGGCCGGCCCGUUACCAGGCACGCGGUGUUCGCGCCAAGUCAGUACGACAACUACGCCUCGGCGGGGCUGCCGGGCAUCGCUGACCUCAUGCACGACUACGACACGCUCAGCGAUGCUCAGUUGGCCGCGCGCCAGGAGGAGGUGAGGAGGCACGUGUCGCUGCUCACCAUCCUCACGCAGCGCGCUACCGGUCAGCUCGCCGCCCUCCAUGAGAUGUAAACAUGACGCCAGGGGGCGAAUAUAGUUACGUCUCAAAAAGCGUCAUAAUAUUACUCUAGCGCCUAGUAUUAUUCACAUCUGGCAAUCCUACUUUAGCGCUAUAAAUUUUAUUGAUUCCAGUUAUUACAUGAUUACCAUAAGUCUAGUUAUAAAGUGCUAUUUACCUUGAAACUGUGAUCAAAUUUUGCGAUUUACUACUUAUAAAGCGGUUAGAGUAAGAAGCCUGCAGUACAGUACAAAUAUAAAGUACAAUAACAGGAUAGUGAAAAGCCCCUGUGAUGUAUGCAUUAAAUUCACGUUUGUUGCACAGAACUUGUAUGUUCGUUAAAAUUAAGAUCGGAACAAGUUAAGGCACAUGUUUAACCUGGUCACAUAUGGUCAGGCCUUUUAUAUACGGAUUAAACUAUGAAUUUAUAAAAUAUAUUUUCUGCUUA